AUGGGGGUGACGGGCAUUGAAAAACACGUCACAACAAAAUUUCAGACUAUUUGGACCUCGACCAUCUACGUGUAUCCUUCCAUCACCUUCUCCAACAACUCUUCUACCACUUUAUUUAAACCCAGCAAGCCCGGUAGUGCAUCGCUGGUCCUACGAGGUUGCACGUUUGGCCAUCCAACCAUAACGCACGGCACGCACCCGCACCUGCAUCCCUGUCUCUCCAACACCACCACCAACAACUACACGAUACCAUUCUACAGGAUUCUUGCAAUUUGGAGAGUGUCGUCUUGGGCGGAGGUGGUGGACAAGGAAGGUCAGAGAUUGUACGAUGUGGGUACAGACAAAUUAAACUUGGUCAAUGAAUACGAACUGGAAGCGGGUGCGGAUGCACCCAUGAGCAUGGCCUAUGAUCCAACCGUCAGUCUAAUCCUUUUCACCCAUCCUCAUUUCACCUCGCUCACCCUUCUUUCGUGGACGAUCAACGACAUUACCGGUGACGCAUACCAAAAAGUGACAGUCCUGUCCCCGUCGAACGAUAUCCUUGCUGUAGGAUCUUCGACAAACGAGCCCCAACAUUGGAAAUGUCUGCGGGCGAUCUAUUCGACGUCACCUUUUCCGCCACCCGGUAUGGGUGGAGAAGGAGAGAAUGGAGAUGUGGAGGAGCAACAGUUGGAGUCGCUCGAGUUGGCGACCACGCUUAUUCGGCCUAAAAUUAGGAGUCAGGGCAAGGAUGUGUCGUCCUUCCGAGCCGUCAGAUUUCACCCCAAGGAUUUCUCCAUUCUGUACGCCGUGUUGAAUACGACGAGUACGACGGGUAAGCGGUCUCGCAAGUCGUAUAUUGUCAAGUAUGGGUGGACGCCCCAUUUGAAGAGUUGGCCUGUGAUUGCUCAGCGCAAGAUUGGAGAUGGAUCCAUUACCAGCUUUGACAUUAGGUGCGUCAGUUUGUGA